AUGGCUUCGUUUCGGCUGACUAGUUUUGCCUUACGCGCCCUCCUCAGACCGUCUCUAUCUUCUUCACUCUCUAAAUGCGGGGCACUGCUUUUGAGGGGUGCUGGUUGUACCGUCAAUGACCUCCUUGAUCGGGAUAUUGAUGCUAUGAACGUUCAACGUACAAAGCUAAGACCUGUUGCAAGUUGUCUUUUGACACCAUUUCAAGGAAUUUGUUAUCUUGGUUUCCAACUGCUCUUGGGUUUUGGAAUUCUCCUUCAACUUAAUAAUUAUAGCUUAGACCGGAUAUUAGGAGCUUUGUCCUUGUUGCUAGUCUUCUCCUAUCCUCUCAUGAAGAGGUUUACAUUUUGGCCCCAAGCCUAUUUGGGUCUGACCUUCAACUGGGGAAUAUUAUUAGGUUGGUCGGCCAUUAAAGGAAGCCUUGAUCCAGCCAUUGUGCUUCCACUGUACUUUUCUGGAGUAUUAUGGACUCUUGUGUAUGAUACAAUAUAUGCACAUCAAGAUAAAGAGGAUGAUAUUAAAGUAGGUGUUAAAUCUACAGCCUUGAGGUUUGGGAAUUCAACUAAAGAGUGGACUACUGGGUUUGAAAUAUCAUGCAUAAGUAGUCAUGCUCUCAGUGGAUUCAAUGCUGAUAUAGGGUGGUCAUAUUAUGCCUUUCUCGCAGCAGCAUCUGGACAAUUGGCUUGGCAGAUAUGGACCGUUAAUCUAACAUGCCGUACAGAUUGCCAUAGGAAGUUUUUGUCCAACAAGUGGUUUGGUGCACUUAUUUUCAGCGGGAUUUUAUUUGGAAGAGUCUUCUCAUAAAGGUAUUCUUAAAUUCUUUAUAGCUAAGCAUGCACCCAUAGAGAAGAU